AUGGAACGCGCUCUUCGAGUGCUUGAGUCAAAACGCCAAAAGCGCUCUAAGGAGUCUCUUCUUGAGGACGAAUCCGAGUUGGAACAUGUCUCAUUGAAGCGUCACCGCAGCAACGAGGAGAAUAACAGCAGUCCUCUGCUAGCUAGAUCAGUGCCUGUACCCCCUCAGGAUGUGGAGGUCAUUUCACGACCCAAGCUGAAGCCAUCCACCUCUAUGACUCGUCCUAGCUCUUCAAAGCUCCCAGAUCACGUGUCUCGCCUUUCUUCGGCCACGCUGGAGGCCAUUGCUUUUGGGUUGAAGCGCCGACGGCCAAAAGAGGGCGAAGAUGAGGGAGGAAUAAGGCCAACUGAAACAGAGAGAUGUAACAGCGUCGUUUCAAUUCUAGACGAAAACUUUUCGCCCUUUUUAUCCCCUCCAGCUGCCAAAAGACCCACCACACGUGACUGUGAGACUCAAACUGUAUUCCACGUGGACAGCGCCACAAGUACAAACGGGUCUUUGCCGUCGCCGCAGCACCGAUUUCGCCCAGCGAGUUCAACCCGAUCCACAUCAGUGUUGCAAUUCGUUGCGGGCUUGGAGGCUAGAGCUCGAGCCAUCGCUUUGAGUAGACGGUUGGCCGCAUCUCCGGUUAAUGUGCUGACUCAGGCCGACUCACUGGAGGCGCGACACGCCAAAAUUCGUCGACUGUUUGCUGAUCUCACCGAGAAGGCUGAAGUCGAUCUUGCUGCUAAUUCGUUGCCGGCAACGACAAUCGAUACAACUGGUGCUGAUACGACCACAUCUAGUCAUCCGGACAUCACAUCUUCCUCUGUGCCCAUAUCUCCUAUAGCAUCUUCCGUAGUUGUGUCAUCUGUGACACCGUCAUCACCAUUAAAAGCAACGGAACCAGUGGCAGUUUCCUCUGAAACUGCUUCCAUUACCGCUGCUGCUGUAGCAACAGAACCAGUGGUUGCUACAACCUCUUCGUUUGCACUCACUUUGCCCUUGACGGUAAAAGCGUCGAACGUUAGCGAACAGAAUUCCGCCCCCGCAACUACAGCCGUCGCUGGCGCCAGUAUGAUGAACCCUCCGUUUGUCUUGGGAGUGAAAUCUACCGUUUCUGCGGAAACCACCUCCUCAACCUCCACUUCCACUGUUCUCUCAAUUUCCGUUGCUCCAAGCUUCUCCUUUCCCGUGGAGUCAACUUCUCAGAAAUCCGGUGAACAGGGAUCUUCUACAACCACCACCUCGACCACCGCUCUCCCCUUCACACUUCCACUCGCCAAAUCCACCUCUGCUUUUGGACAAACAAGCUUUGGUGGAACAGCUUUCUCAUUGGCUAGCUCCACUACUUCUGCAUCUAGCGUUGUUGUUACAUCCUCCGCGCCUGGUUUUACUUUUGCUUUGGCGAAAUCCACUGCCUCUGGGGGUAACACUACCGUGUCUUCUACGCCGAGUUUCAAUUUCUUCGCCGCUUCGAAAUCAUCCAUACCCGUGGUCUCGACAACGGUUCCUUUUACACCACUAGUUACCGCGUCUAGUGGUCUGCCGUCUUUAGCUAGCUCUGUAAAAGACAACCCGGCUCCCUCGUCUGCGCCUCUAUUCAGCUUUCCUACUACUUUCACCACCGCCAGUAACACUGCAACAGUAGCUGCAGCCGCCACUACCAGUGGUGGGACCUUCUUCUCUCCGGCCAUGACCACCACGAGCGACGCCGCUGCUUCGUCCAACUCUUCAACUGUGUCUUCAGUUCAAUCGGGUUUCAGUUUCAGGAACACCGCACCUAUUACUGCCCCAUCCACUUCAGGAGUGAGUUCGAUAUUCACCUCAGCGAAGCCGGUGUCUAUCAAUACGACGGUGGGAAUGCUGUCAUCAACAGCGCCAUCGACGCUUACUCCACCUGCAUUCAACCUCUCUUCCAAACCUGAUACUACGAAAACGAGCUCCGUCUUUCCUGCUCCUUCUACUACUACAUCGUCUGUAUUGGUCCCGGCAAAGUCAAUGCCCGUUUUCAGUUUUGUACCAACCACCUCUACAACUACGGCUCCAGCAUUGUUUGAUUUCUCAACAAAGCCAACAAAGACGACUUGUACAACAAUAGGACAAGUUACCAUGCCCGUAGUCAAUUUUGGGACGGCUGGUACCAUUGCCGCCGCUACUACCGCGGCUUCUGUUCCUUUCGUGUUCUCAGUGAAAUCUGCAUUUUCCAAUGGUGAAACAACAAGUUCCCCUUUCAGUUUUCCCAGUAUGCAGAUCACUCCUACUGCUACCGUCGCUACUACAACUGCAAGCACUUCUCCCUUUCCUUUUCCCAAAACUAACACUUCCGGGCUCACUAAUGGGGGUAGUUCGGGUGGUCCUUUUGGUACAGCUCCGUUCAGGUUCCAGAACUCGUCAAACUUAACUUCAGUCACCAGUACCGGCGGUUGUUUCACGUUCACUUCCCCCUCCGCGAUCCCGACUGCCACAACUACUACUCCGGUCUCCUUCAGCUUCACCAACACUGUCACCACCGCUACUCCAGCAGUGGGAGGUAGUAGCCUAGGUGGCUUUAAUUUUUCCUCGGGCGUACCAUCUGUCACCGGCUCUUCUUCCACACCGUUUGCUACAAAGCUCGCGACUAGUGUCUUCCAGUUCGGUGCUCAGCCUACUGCAGCUCCCACAACCAUCACCACCACUUCAUCUGGCUUUAAUCUCACCCUACCAUCAACGAGAAGCUCGCCUUCUAUCUUCUCCAGCAUUGAUCAUACAAAACGUACUGGAGAUUCCUCCUUUACCGACGGUCUUUCGGCGCCCAAAAUCCAAGCUUCCGCGUUUGGUGGAGGGGCGGUGAAUCCAUCGUCUUUCGGUGGGACUGGCCUUCAACCCUUCACCUUUGGUGAAAGUAGUAGUGCUGCUAAUGCUGGUGGCGGGGGCUUCAACUUCAGCGCCGCUGCAACCAAUCCUGUGGGAAGCUUCAAUUUCAGUCAGGUACAACCAGCACCUGUUUUCGGUGGGGCUGGUGGAGCGCCACCGAAUCCAUUCAGCGCAGUAGCACCAACGCCUCCGAAUGCGGCUGCAAGCAUCCAACAUCGUCGGAGGCAGAUGCGCUACUCGAGGCGACGAUAG